GAUAUUUUGUUGUUGUGGUUACAUUUAACUCUGUAGUGUUAUUUAUUGCUGCCUCAGAAAAGCACUGUCGAUCACAUGCUGUGUGAAGUGUUGACAUGGCCUGUACCUUUUCCUGGCAAUCGCUAGGGGACCCUGCUUUGUACGAUGCCUCGGAUCAGGCAGUGUAGUGUGUCUGUGAACACAGUUGGGCAGCAGUCGUCGCCACUGUGCGUCGCUGAAGAUGUUGCAGCAGCAGCCUCUGACGGGCAACGGGCCCUCCAACGGCCGGGGACUCGGCAUGAGUGGCCACCCCGGGAUGCAUGCGCUUAACUCGGUUCAUCAACCUUCCCAGCAUCGGCCCGACGGAGUGGACUCGGGCCUCGAGGGCUCAGAAAACGGACACGAAAGCCGCAGAGAUAUUGGUGACAUACUGCAACAAAUAAUGACUAUCACCGACCAAAGUUUGGACGAGGCGCAGGCAAAGAAACAUGCACUCAACUGUCACAGGAUGAAACCUGCGUUGUUCAGCGUCCUGUGCGAGAUCAAGGAAAAAACCGGCUUGUCAAUGAGGAACGCCCAGGAGGACGAGUCUCAGGAUCCUCAGCUGGUGCGAUUGGACAACAUGCUGCUUGCAGAGGGUGUGGCGGGGCCGGAAAAGGGCGGCGGGGCUGCUGCUGCUGUGUCGGCUGCCACAAGCUCGGGAGGGAUGUCACCUGACAGCUCGCUCGAGCACUCCGACUACAAAAGCAAGUUGAGCCAGAUUCGCAGUAUCUACCACACUGAGCUGGAGAAGUAUGAGCAGGCAUGCACCGAGUUCACCACCCAUGUGAUGAACCUGCUGAGGGAGCAGUCUCGUACACGGCCCGUGACUCCGCGGGAGAUUGAGCGCAUGGUGGGCAUCAUCCACCGCAAGUUCAGCACGAUCCAGACCCAGCUGAAGCAGAGCACUUGUGAGGCAGUCAUGAUCCUGAGGUCCCGCUUCCUUGAUGCCAGGCGCAAAAGGCGCAACUUCAGCAAACAGGCCACAGAAGGCCUGAAUGAGUAUUUCUACUCUCACCUGUCCAACCCUUACCCCAGUGAAGAAGCCAAAGAGGAACUUGCCAAACACUGUGGAAUCACCAUCUCUCAGGUGUCCAACUGGUUUGGCAACAAAAGAAUCCGCUACAAGAAAAACAUUGGCAAGUUCCAAGAGGAGGCAAACCUUUAUGCCAUGAAGACAGCCUUGGUGGCCAGACCAGGCAACGAUUCCCCGCACACUCCCAACUCCACGGGAUCUGGCUCCUUCUCUCUGCCCGGGUCAGCUGACAUGUUCCUCGGGGUUCCACCUGUGAACGGCGAUCAAUCCGCUUACCAAAUUGGAGUGCAGGCUAACGGGAACUGCUACGGUCCAAACUCGCCCCCAUCCGCCGCCUCGCCCAACAGCAACCACUCGGACAAUUCUGACUGACCCAGCCCACUGGCACAGAAUGACAGCGAUGGAAAGUUUGAUGACAGAAAAGACGGAAAGAAUGCACUCGGCUGCAGUUGUUUUUGUACAUUGUUUUGUUUGGUUUGAUUAUUUUUAAUGUACGUUGUAUUUUAUUCUUUUCUUACCGCUCAGCGUGGGUCAUUAGUGUGUGUGUGUGUGUGUGUGUGUGUGUGUGUGUGUGUGUGUGUGUGUGUGUGUGUGUGUGUGUGUGUGUGUGUGUGUGUGUGUGUGUGUGUGUGUGUGUGCGCGUGCAUGCAGGUGUGGUUUUAUUAUCAGGGUUGUAGGGUUUGUUUUCCACUACUUUUGAAAUGUUACUGAGGUGUGUGUUUGUCAUUAGGAAGGAGAGGGUGGGGACAGCAUUAUCAUUUUUAUCUCACUAUAUCAUUAUUAUUAUUAAUAUUGUUACUGUUUUAUUAUUAAUGCUACAACUAUUUUCAUUUUAACAGUUCAGAAAGAGAGAAUGCAUUUAGUGAAUGAGAGGACAAUAGAGGAAAAUCCAAAGAUUUUGUGUGUUUGUUUCUCUCGUUUGUUUGUUUGUUUGUUUGUUUGUUUGUUUGUUUGUUUUCUACCGGGCUUAUGUGUCCCUGUAAAAUGAAUGAGGGGUGUGUGAGACCACAUCAAUUGUUUGAAUGAGUAUAUCAACAGUGCUGUCUUUUUUCUGUACAGUGAAACACCUGUAUUCUCUCUACCUCUUUUACAAUAAAGACUCUGUAUUCACAA